AUGCAGCUCUCCCUCGCCCUCAGCCUCGCCGCGCUUGCUGCCCUCGCCUCGGCCAGCAUUGCGCCCUCCAACACGUCGACGGUCAACGCGCGCUACUUCCAGGGCACGCUACCGCUGCAACACGCCCUGGGCGACGGCCAGCAGAUUGCCGAGCUGAUCCCGCUGACGCGUGAGGGUGCACAGCGGUCCAUCGAAGGCAGCCUCUACCGCACCAAUGGCUCCACCGUGUCCAACAUGUCCGACGGCGACAUCGCCUACAUCAGCUGCAACCCCGCCGACUACCCCGGCUUCGUGGGCGCCCAGGGCCUCUUUGACCAGGCCUACGGCAACGGCAACGCCAACCUCUCGGGCAUCAUCCUGUACAGCACCGUCACCGACUACUGCGCCUACGACCCGGACGGCAAUGCUGCCAUGUCCGCCUUUCCCGUGCUGUCCAUGACCAACAAGACCGACUCGGCCGCCGUCCUCGCCCAGAUCGACAACCUCGCCGUCCACAUGAAGUACUUCGUCCAGGUCCAAGGUCGCGGCAACGAUGCAUCACCGAACAACACCCAGCAGCAGAAUCCCCUGGGCCCUUCACCCUCGACUGGCGUCGCCAUGAUCAUCCUGUACAGCAUCACGGGCAUCAUCACCGCCCUGUUCCUCGUCAUCAUCCUGACCGGCGCCAUCCGCGCCCACCGCCACCCAGAGCGCUACGGCCCAAGAAACGUGCUGGGCAGACCGCGCCAGAGCAGGGCAAAAGGUUUGGGAAGAGCCAUCCUCGAGACGAUCCCCAUCAUCAAGUUUGGUGAAAAGGAGCCUGUCAAGCCGACUGAUGUUGAGCUGGCCUCUACUAGCGAGUCAGCACAUGUCGAGGGUGCCACCAUCAACCCUGCCACUGCCACCCCACCGUCUGAGACGACUACAGCGACUGCCACACAGGCAGCGAGCAACGAUGCCUUACCAGCCACGGCCAGGACACCGCAGGAACCCGCCAUGACGGAGCAACCUGACGGUAUCGCUGCCGCCGUCACACCUGCAGCGGUGAUGGGCGCCAGCUCAGACACAAGCUCCAACGACGACACCCUUGGCUGCACCAUAUGUACCGAGGACUUCGAAAAGGGCCAGGACAUUCGAGUACUGCCAUGCAACCACAAGUUCCAUCCCGACUGUGUGGAUCCGUGGCUUUUGAACGUAUCGGGCACAUGUCCCCUUUGUCGUGUCGAUCUACGUCCAACCAAUACCAACGAUUCCAGCAACUCACACGCCGACGAACUUGCCCCACCCCUGAAUUCAGAUGCCGAGACUUCGCACCGUCGUCGCACUGCCCUCCGUGGUAUCCUGUUCUUCCGCCAGCAUCCCGACGCACCAGCCGAAGACCGCAUAUCUGCACUGCGCCGUCUACGCGAGCAACGACGCAACCAGAGUGGCGAUGUCGCAGAGGCUAAUGCCAACGCAAGCGUCGACGACGUGUCAAGAGCCGACCACCGCAGCAGAAGAAUCAGUGCGAGACUGGGUGAUGUUUUUAGUGGGCGGACGCGUAGAGCUACAAGCCCUGCGCAGCCUACGGGCAACCCUGGCGGUGCCGCCUAG